CAAUUCCAUCGACUUGGGCUCCCAGGGCACCAGGGACUACAACCCCAAGCAGAUGGCCAUUCGGGAGAAAGUCUUCGACAUCAUCAUCAGCUGCUUCAAGCGCCAUGGAGCCGAGGUCAUCGACACCCCUGUGUUUGAGCUGAAGGAAACCCUGACGGGCAAGUACGGGGAGGACUCGAAGCUCAUCUAUGACCUGAAAGACCAGGGGGGAGAGCUGCUGUCUCUUCGCUACGACCUGACUGUGCCCUUUGCGCGUUACUUGGCGAUGAACAAAAUCACCAACAUUAAGCGCUACCACAUUGCCAAAGUUUACAGACGGGAUACCCCAGCCAUGACGAGGGGCCGCUACAGGGAGUUCUACCAGUGCGAUUUUGACAUUGCCGGCCAGUUUGACCCCAUGAUUCCCGACGCUGAGUGUCUGAAGAUCGUGCACGAGAUCCUGAGCGGGCUCCAGAUUGGAGACUUCCUCGUUAAGGUCAAUGACCGGCGGAUCCUUGAUGGGAUGUUUGCAGUUUGUGGGGUACCGGACAGCAAGUUCCGAACAAUUUGCUCCACUGUGGACAAACUAGACAAGGCAACAUGGGAGGACGUGAGGAGCGAGAUGGUUGGGGAGAAGGGGCUCUCGCCAGAGGCUGCGGAUCGCAUCGGGGAAUACGUUCGGCUGCAUGGUGGGCUGGGUCUGAUUGAGCAGCUGCUCCAGGACCCUCAGCUGUCCCAGAACAAGCUGGCCCGGGAGGGGCUGGGAGACAUGAAGCUGCUAUUUGAGUACCUGACCCUGUUUGGCAUUGCAGAGAAGAUCUCCUUCGACCUGAGCCUGGCGCGGGGGCUGGACUAUUACACUGGGGUGAUCUAUGAGGCCAUCCUGCUGCAGCCUCAGAGCACCCACAAGGAGGAGCCGGUCAGCGGCGACGGGCUGGUGGGGAUGUUCGACCCCAAGGGGCGGAAGGUGCCCUGUGUGGGAGUCAGCAUCGGGAUCGAGCGGAUCUUCUCCAUCAUGGAGCAGAAAGCGGAGGCCUCCGAGGAGAAGAUCCGGACCACAGAGACACAGGUGCUUGUAGCGGCUGCUCAGAAGAAACUCCUGGAAGAGAGACUGAAGCUCAUCUCCGAGCUGUGGGACUCCGGGAUCAAGGCGGAGAUGCUGUACAAGAAGAACCCCAAGCUGCUGAGCCAGCUGCAGUACUGCGAGGAGGCGGGAAUCCCCCUCGUUGCCAUCGUGGGAGAGCAGGAGCUGAAGGACGGAGUCAUCAAGCUGCGAGUCGUAGCUACCCGGGAAGAGGUUGACAUUCGUAGGGAAAACCUUGUGGAGGAAAUCAGGAGGCGAACGUGCCAGCCCUAGCGCCCUUCCCGCCAGCCACACCCGCUCAUUCAUCGGCUUCUGGGGAAGGGCAAGACUUGCCGAGAUUUCCUCUCUAAAUGUCCGAGUUCUUGACUACUCUGCUCGUGGCACAGGAGUCUUGGACGCUGUAUUUAUUCUUUCAUCGUGAAAUGCCUUUUCCCAGAGGGAGCAGAGGUGCUGCUUUGCCUCCUGGAGCUGCUGGGCUCCUGGGCGUAGCCAAUGAAGCACACUAGAGAGGACGUUUCUGGAGAAUGCCAGCCGUGUGUCUGCAAUCGUUACUGUUCCUGGCCGGAGCUGUGGCCCCUGGGCCAUUUGCAGACACGGAGGGUCGUGGCCACGGCUGCAUGUUCCUUUCUGGUUGAAUAAAUGUUCUGCACAGAGUCACUUUCCUGCCUAGCAGGGAAGAGACCUUGUCUCUGUGUCCAACAUGCUAAGUAAGCUCAAUAAACCUCUGACAGUCCCA